GGUCUGAUGAUCAGUGCAAGCAGGUCUGUCAACGCGCAGUGCGAAUUCAUCGAUCGAUCAUAUAUCUCCAGUCCAGCCGAAGAACCAGUCAACAUGAAAUUCUUGCUCCUGAGCGUGUUCCUUUGCUUGGCCGUGUGCUUCAUGGUCACCAGUGCUGCUCCCCGCGAGGAGGCCAUUCCCGAGGGUCUCGAAGGUCCUGGCAGUGAGUCCAUCAACCCCUCCGACGACCAGGGCAUCCUGCUCAAGCUGAAGCUGCUCAAGAAGCUCCUGUUCCUGGGCUAGACAUCUCCACCUCACAUUCAUCGAUUUUUAGCUUAACUAUGUGUUUAGGUUCUUAAGAAGAAAACAAAAAAAAGAAAUCAAAUAAAAAAUGUAUUUGGUAACAAAAC